CCUUACUUCCCUGUGAUGUUGUUGAAUGUUGAGCGAGACAAGCACAGGCGCUACCGCGGCUCGCGCUGAUCACUGAGAGCUCGUGCUUGGUCUCGAAACGAUACACGGCGUUUAAUCGUAGCGGAUUAAUCUCCAAACAAGGGCAGAAAGUGUGUCUCCAUCAAUAUGGAUCAUCCAGUGUGGAUGCAUCUCUCGCUUGAUUGACGAGCAAGAGGGAUGGGCCGUCUACAGGAAGAAUCUUAUUAGGUGGAGAAGACCCAACCCUCAAUCCCACAAGUCUCGAUCAUGAAACUCGACCCAUCCUGAACUCUGCCUGUACACAAACACCCAAACAUGGCCUCCGUAUACUUAUGGAAGCUGUCGUCCCAGAAGCUAGGCUUCUUCCUGGUGAGUUUCGGCUUCAUCUGGGGUAUGAUGCUGCUGCACUUCACCAUCCAGCAGAGGACGACGCACGAGAGCAGUGCCCAGCUACGCAUGCAGAUCCUCGACCUGAGCAAGCGCUACAUCAAAGCUCUGGCCGAGGAGAACCAGGGCGUGAUGGACGGACCUUACGUGGGGACCAUGACGGCAUACGACCUGAAGAAGACUCUCGCUGUGCUGCUGGACAACAUCAUGCUAAGGCUGUCCAAGCUCGAGUCCAAAGUGGACACCAUCAUCGUCAUCAACGGUUCGGCCUCCAACCUGACCAAUGGCACGGCGGCUCCUGCGCCCAGCUCUCCCAAUGCCGAGAAGGUCAACGUGGCAGACCUGCUUAGUGGAGCACAGGAAAAGUGUGAGCUGCCACCUCUUGACGGCUUCCCGCACUGUGAGGGCAAAAUGAAGUGGAUGAAGGACAUGUGGCGUUCAGAUGCCUGCUAUGCAAAUUAUGGCGUGGACGGAACCAUGUGCAGCUUCUUCAUCUACCUGAGCGAGGUGGAGAACUGGUGUCCUCGUCUGCCGUGGAGGGGCAGCAACGCUAAUGACGAUUUUGAAAAACAGGGACGGCUGGAGAUCCGGACGAGUCUGGACGAGCUGUACCGCGUGAUGUCACGGCGUGAGGAGUUCCGCUGGAUGAUGUUGAGGAUCAAGCGGAUGGAGGAGCCGUGGCUCAGCGCCGUGCACUCCCUCAGUCUCAAACAAGACCUGCGCAACCGCAAGCGAAAGAAGAUCCUUGUGCAUCUGGGCCUGCUGACGAAGGAGUCUGGCUUCAAGAUAGCUGAGAAUGCGUUCAGCGGGGGUCCACUGGGAGAACUGGUGCAGUGGAGUGACCUCAUCACCACUUUAUACCUGCUGGGCCACGACAUCCGCAUCUCAGCCUCCAUCGCAGAGCUUAAAGAGAUCAUGAGGAAGGUGAUGGGAAACAAGUCCAGCUGUCCCACGCAGGGUGAUAAAGUGGUGGAGCUCAUCUACAUCGACAUCGUGGGUCUGUCUCAAUUUAAGAAGACGCUAGGGCCCUCAUGGGUGCACUACCAGUGCAUGCUGCGAGUGUUGGACUCUUUCGGGACGGAGCCGGAGUUUAACCAUGCGCACUACGCUCAGUCUAAAGGCCACAAGACUCCGUGGGGCAAGUGGAACCUUAACCCUCAGCAAUUCAACACCAUGUUCCCUCACACUCCUGAUAACAGCUUCCUGGGCUUCGUGGUGGAGCAGCACCUGAACGCCAGCGACAUCAAGCACAUCGAUGACGUCAAGCGGCAGAACCAGUCGCUCGUCUACGGGAAGGUCGAUAACUUCUGGAAGGAUAAAAAGAAGUACCUGGACAUCAUCCACUCCUACAUGGAGGUGCACGCAACCGUCCACGGCAGCAGCACUGUGCACUUACCCGGCUACGUCAAGAACCACGGCAUCCUCAGCGGACGGGACUUACAGUUCCUGCUCCGGGAGACCAAACUGUUUGUAGGUUUGUCCUUCCCUUAUGAAGGCCCCGCCCCCCUGGAGGCUAUAGCCAAUGGCUGUGCGUUCCUGAACCCCAAGUUCAAUCCACCCAAGAGCAGCAAGAACACGGAUUUCUUCAAGGGAAAGCCCACUCUGAGAGAGCUGACUUCACAGCACCCGUAUGCUGAGGUGUACAUCGGCCAGCCUCACGUCUGGACUGUGGACAUUGAGAAUCCAGGAGAGGUGGACAGAGCAAUCAGAGCCAUCCUCAGUCAGAAGAUUGAGCCCUAUCUGCCGUAUGAGUUCACCUGUGAGGGGAUGCUGCAGAGGCUCAACUCCUUCAUCGAGAACCAGGAUUUCUGUCACGGUCAGGUGAUGUGGCCUCCUCUCAGCGCUCUGCAGGUGAAGAUGGCUCCGGCAGGUAAAUCCUGCAAGCAGGUAUGUCAGGAGGAGCAGAUGAUCUGCGAGCCGUCCUUCUUCCAGCACCUGAACAAGGACAAGGACCUGGCCAGGUUCGGUAUAGAGUGCAGGACGGUGGAGAGUGUCGGGGACAUCGUGGUCCCUGCGUUCAGCGAGACAUCGCGUCACUGUGUGCUGCAGGCUGAUCUGCUGCUGUUCAGCUGUGCGGGCGCUCACUCUUCACUCCAGCGCAUCUGCCCCUGCAGGGACUACAUGAAGGGCCAGGUGGCCCUGUGCAAAGACUGCUUAUAACACACACACGCACACACACACACACACACACACACACAUUCCAGUGUUUCCCCUUUAGCUCUGGGUCCGGGUCCCAUCGUUUUAGUGUCUGUUUUCCUAUAGAACUGAGUAAAUUUAUACAGUCCAUGUACAAUACCCAGAUGCUGACAUUUUAGUGGUUAAUUACUGUUUAUUGUGAGCAAGCAAACUGCAAAAUAUUUAUUUGUGAUGCACUUUGUUAGGCAAAAAUUUCAAAAAGAAAAUAUCUUUAGGAAAACUCAUUUAAUUCAUUUUGCUUUAAACAUGAACAGAGACCUAGUGGCUUUGGUAAGGCCCACUGGUAAAGCUGUUUAUGAGCGCCUACUGAUUAGUGCUUAAAUUCACAAAUUAGUAAUAAACUCACCUCAGUGUUAGGCUUAUUUUCCUCUAGGCGCCACCUUUUGAGAACUAUAGGGUUCUAGAACUCGGCUGAAAGAGCAAUACAACAGAAGCCGUCUGAUUGCCAAUUACCGUUAAUGAACAAUUCCCAAUAAUUACCAAUUACUAAUAAUUACAAAUUCCCUUUAAUUACCAAUUACAAUUAAUUACCGAUUAUUAAUCAUUUUAAAUGGCUGCUAAUUUUCAAUUCCCAAUAAUUACCAAUAAUUGUAGAAUUCCAAUCAUUACCGACAGCCAGUAUCUGGGAAUUCCCCAUAAUUACCAAUUAUCCAUAAGUACCCAUUUCCAAUAAUUACAGAAUUCCAGUCAUUACAGAUACCUAAUAUCUGCCCAUUACCAAUAACUACGGAUUCCCAAUAAUUACCCAUUUCCAAUAAUUACAGAUUCCCAAUAAUUACAGUUUCCAAUAAUUACAGAUUCCCAAUAAUUACAGUUUUCUAAUAACUACAAUUUCCCAAUAAUUACCCAUUACCAAUAACUACGGAUUCCCAAUAAUUACCAGUUUCCAAUAAUUACAGAUUUCCAAUAAUUACCAAUUUCUAAUAACUACAAUUUCCCAAUAAUUACCCAUUACCAAUAACUACGGAUUCCCAAUAAUUACCAGUUUCCAAUAAUUACAGAUUCCCAAUAAUUACCAGUUUCCAAUAAUUACAGUUUCCAAUAAUUACCAGUUUCCAAUAAUUACAGAUUCCCAAUAAUUACCAGUUUCCAAUAAUUACAGAUUUCCAAUAAUUACCAAUUUCUAAUAACUACAAUUUCCCAAUAAUUACCCAUUACCAAUAACUACGUAUUCCCAAUAAUUACCAGUUUCCAAUAAUUACAGAUUCCCAAUAAUUACCAGUUUCCAAUAAUUACAGUUUCCAAUAAUUACCAGUUUCCAAUAAUUACAGAUUUCCAAUAAUUACCAGUUUCCAAUAAUUAAAGAUUUCCAAUAAUUACCAAUUUCUAAUAACAAUUUCCCAAUAAUUACCCAUUACCAAUAACUACGGAUUCCCAAUAAUUACCAGUUUCCAAUAAUUACAGAUUCCCAAUAAUUACCAGUUUCCAAUAAUUACAGAUUCCCAAUAAUUACCAGUUUCCAAUAAUUACCAGUUUCCAAUAAUUACAGAUUUCCAAUAAUUACCAAUUUCUAAUAACUACAAUUUCCCAAUAAUUACCCAUUACCAAUAACUACGGAUUCCCAAUAAUUACCAGUUUCCAAUAAUUAAAGAUUUCCAAUAAUUACCAGUUUCCAAUAAUUACCAGUUUCCAAUAAUUACCAGUUUCCAAUAAUUACAGAUUUCUAAUAACUACAGUUUCCCAAUAAUUGCCCAUUACCAAUAACUAUGGAUUCCCAAUAAUUACCAGUUUCCAAUAAUUACAGCUUCCAAUAAUUACAGUUUUCUAAUAAUUACCACUUUCUGAUAACUACAAUUUCCCAAUAAUUACCAGUUACCGAUAUGCAUCAAUUUCCAGUAAUUAGUGAUUCCCGAUCAUUACAGAUAGACACUAAUUAGCAACAUGCCCUAAUUAGAAACUUCAACUGAAUUUUUUUUUUUUUUUUCCCCAAGAACACCAACCACCGUUUUGAACAGUCACUAAUUACUGAAUAAGCAUGUACGUGCUAAUAGUUUUUAAUUCUCCGUCCUAGACCUUGACGUUUAAGUUUGUUCAAAGUGUCUGUGACAAAUAUCAUCAGCGAGUGCUGUUGCGUUUGUUUAGCUUUUGUAAAGGCCAGACUGAUAUUAAGGGGAAACACUGCACACAUGCCCAAAGCCGAAGCUUGGGUUUCUCACAAGGCUUUACAUGUCAGAGCGACUGAUCAAUUGUGAAAAAGGGGGGAGGGGAGGUGGGGGAGGGGGGGGGCGUAUGGACAAAUACAAAAGAAAGGCCAGCCUGAACAAGUGCUGAACUGUUCUCCGAAACGGCCUGAAAUACUUGAAGGAGGCGCGCAGGUAUACGGAACUCGUCACUGCCCCCUGUGUGUGUGUAGGAGACACUCCAGCGUCGCACUGUUAGAUUUUAUUCUAUUUUAUUUAAUCCUCUCCGUCCCUCCUAUCUCCUGUUCAUCGCGGGACCAACGUGCCCAGGAAGGAACUUUAUUAAAGCGCCAGAGGAAAAGAAAACAAACAAAACCCAAGGUCAGAAACUCUUCAACCCUGCGUGUGGAGGAUUUUCUAUUCAGACUGCCUGCACUGCAUUUACGUGUACAUAUGAAUUUUAAAUAGAAGUAAAUGUGUUGCAGCGUACCCACAACAGCACACGCACAGUCAUUUUCCUGGCCUUCGCUGUUUUGUGGCCUGCUUUUAGCAAACAACGAGAACACAUUCUGAUCCUCACUACAGGCUACACACUCCCAGAAUGAAGUCCUCCAAAAUUUCAAUAUCAUAUAUUGAAAUCACUUGGAAAUGACAUUAGCUAUUACAGAUGUGUUGGUUAAGUUCCUGCAGCUCAUCUCAAAACUCAUGUACAAUACUCUAUGCUAAAAAAUCACCUGACGUUCCCCCUCCCCCUUCCUUUCACUCUCGGAUUCUUCAUUUGCCUGCAGAAUUGUACGCGUCAAAUAUUUCUUUCCUGAGUGAAAGUGCACUACGCUAGCCUAUAUACUGAAAAAACCAGAUGUGACGACACUGUACAAUUGUUCAUGAGGGGUUUUUUUUUUGUUUGUUUAUUUUGUAUACAAAAUAAUGUGAUUUUUUAAAAAAAAAAAAAUUAUUUUAUUUAUAGAGUGUUUUUGUUUAUUUUUUCUUUCUUUCUUUCUUUCUUUCUUUCUUUUUUGCUUUACAGAGGGAAAUAUUAUUUAUGAUAAGUUAAAAGUGUGUUUGUGUGCAUGUGCUUGUCCAGGACAAAACGCGUAUGACGUCGAAGACAAAGUUAUAACCGCACAAUCGGUCAGAUCGUCGUCUUUAAUAUUUAUUUCAUUAUUAUGGCUGACAAUACACUGGAAUGAUUCGAAAUAGUUAUUAUUUGCAGCAUCCCUUAAAAGGUGCUGAGAGAAAGAGAAAAUUAUAUAUUUUUUUUUCUCUCUCUCUUUUUUUCAGCAUAUAUAUAUGUGUGUGUGUGUGUGUGUGUGUGUG